GGGAAAAGCAAGAGUGUCCUUCUGAGGCUGGGGCAGCGGCGGCCGAGCUAGGCGAAGGAACCGGUGUCCUCCUCUCCCUCUGAGGAGCUCUGGAGCCCCAGCACCAUGGACACUCUCAAUAGGAACCAAGUGGGCCCUGGAUGCAAGACCCCAGCUAUGGUGCAGAAAGGACCCUUGGACCUGAUCGAAACAGGCAAAGGGCUGAAAGUGCAAACGGACAAACCCCAUCUGGUGAGCCUGGGCAGUGGGCGGCUCAGCACCGCCAUCACACUUCUGCCUCUGGAGGAAGGGAGGACAGUGAUUGGCUCUGCGGCCAGGGACAUCUCACUGCAGGGGCCAGGCUUGGCUCCAGAGCACUGUUACAUCGAGAACCUGCGGGGCACCCUCACCCUCUAUCCCUGUGGCAAUGCCUGCACUAUCGAUGGGCUCCCGGUCCGGCAGCCAACCCGGCUCACUCAGGGCUGCAUGUUGUGCCUGGGUCAGUCCACCUUCCUCCGUUUUAACCACCCAGCUGAAGCCAAGUGGAUGAAGAGCAUGAUUCCGGCAGGGGGCCGGGCCCCAGGCACCCCCUAUGGUCCCGGCCCAGCAGAAUCGGAAAGUCUGGUGAACGGGAACCACACCCCGCAGCCUGCAACCAGGGGACCCUCCGCCUGUGGCAGCCACAGCUCCCUGGUGAGCUCUAUUGAGAAGGACCUGCAGGAAAUCAUGGACUCACUGGUGCUAGAGGAGCCUGGAGCUGCGGGCAAGAAGGCUGCCGCAACUUCCCCACUGUCACCAAUGGCCAACGGUGGGCGCUACCUGCUGUCCCCCCCAACCAGCCCUGGUGCCAUGUCCGUGGGCUCCAGCUAUGAGAACACCUCUCCAGCCUUCUCUCCACUCUCCUCACCAGCCAGCAGUGGAAGCUGUGCCAGCCACUCCCCCAGUGGGCAGGAGCCAGCACCCUCCAUGCCCCCCCUGGUGCCUGCCCGGUCCUCUAGCUACCAUUUGGCCCUGCAGCCCCCACAGUCCCGACCCAGUGGCGCUCGCCCCUCUGAGAGCCCCCGGCUGGGCAGGAAGGGGGGUCAUGAGAGGCCUCCCAGCCCUGGCCUCCGAGGUCUGCUGACAGACAGCCCUGCAGCCACUGUCUUGGCAGAGGCCCGCAGAGCCACUGAGAGCCCCCGGCCUGGUGGGCAGCUGCCCGUGGUGGCGAUCAGCCUGAGUGAAUACCCGGCUUCUGGUGCCCGCGGCCAACCCACCGGCAUUCCUGGCAGCCCCAAGUUCCAGCCUCCAGUGCCUGCUCCCCGAAACAAGAUGGGCACGCUCCAGGACCGCCCUCCCAGCCCUUUCCGGGAGCCGCCAGGCACUGAGCGGGUGUUGACCACCAGCCCCUCACGCCAGCUGGUGGGCCGAACAUUUUCGGAUGGGCCAGCCACCCGCACCCUGCAGCCUCCCGAGAGUCCCCGCCUAGGCCGGCGGGGCCUGGACAGUAUGAGAGAACUGCCUCCCUUGAGUCCAUCUCUGUCCCGAAGGGCUCUCGCCCCCAUGCCUGCCAGGACCACCCCAGAUCCCAAACUAACCAGGGAGGUGGCAGAGAGUCCCCGACCCCGGCGCUGGGCGGCCCAUGGGGCUCCACCAGAGGACUUCUCCCUGACUCUGGGGGCACGGGGCCGUAGGACACGGAGUCCCUCGCCCACACUCGGGGAGUCCCUGGCACCCCGCAAGGGCAGCUUCAGUGGCAGGCUGAGCCCGGCUUACAGUCUGGGCUCUUUGACUGGGGCUUCACCCCGCCAGAGCCCCCGUGCCCAGAGGAAGCUCUCCAGCGGGGACUUGCGAGUGCCUGUCACUCGGGAGCGGAAAAAUAGCAUCACGGAGAUCAGUGACAAUGAAGAUGACCUCCUGGAGUACCACCGGCGGCAGCGCCAAGAGCGGCUUCGGGAGCAGGAGAUGGAGAGGCUGGAACGCCAGCGCCUGGAGACCAUCCUGAACUUGUGUGCCGAGUACAGCCGGGCCGAUGGGGGCCCUGAGGCCGGGGAGCUGCCCAGCAUUGGGGAGGCAGCCGCAGCCUUGGCUCUGGCUGGUCGGAGGCCCUCACGAGGCCUGGCAGGGGGCAUUGGGGCCUCUGGGCGGAGCAAUGAGGAGCCUGGAGGCACCACCCAACGCCUGUGGGAGAGUGUGGAGCGCUCGGACGAGGAGAAUCUCAAGGAGGAGUGCAGUAGCACUGAGAGCACCCAGCAGGAGCACGAAGAUGCACCUAGUGCCAAGCUCCAGGGAGAGGUGCUGGCCCUGGAAGAGGAGCGGGCUCAGGUGCUGGGGCGAGUGGAGCAGCUCAAAGUCCGGGUGAAGGAGCUGGAGCAGCAGCUGCAGGAGUCGGCCCGAGAGGCUGAAAUGGAGCGGGCGCUACUGCAGGGGGAGAGGGAGGCAGAGCGGGCGCUGCUGCAGAAGGAGCAGAAGGCGGUGGACCAGCUGCAGGAGAAGCUGGUGACCUUGGAGACAGGCAUCCAAAAGGAGAGGGACAAGGAGAGGGCGGAGCUGGCCGCGGGACGGAGGCACCUGGAGGCACGCCAGGCGCUCUACGCCGAGCUCCAGACGCAGCUCGAUAACUGCCCCGAGUCAGUGCGGGAACAGUUACAGGAGCAGCUGAGAAGGGAGGCAGAAGCCCUGGAGAGUGAGACGAAGCUCUUUGAGGACUUGGAGUUCCAGCAGCUGGAGCGCGAGAGCCGCGUGGAGGAGGAGCGCGAGCUCGCGGGCCAGGGACUGCUCCGGAGCAAGGCCGAGCUCCUCCGCAGCAUCGCCAAGAGGAAGGAGCGCCUGGUGGUCCUGGACAGCCAGGCUGGGCAGAUCCGGUCCCAGGCUGUGCAAGAGUCUGAACGCCUAGCCCGGGAUAAGAACGCCUCCCUGCAGCUGCUGCAGAAGGAGAAGGAGAAACUGGCUAUGUUGGAAAGAAGAUACCACUCGCUCACAGGAGGCAGGCCUUUCCCGAAGACCACAUCAACCCUCAAAGAGAUGGAGAAGCUGCUGCUCCCUGCUGUAGACUUAGAGCAGUGGUACCAGGAGCUGAUGGCCGGGCUGGGGACUGACCCCGCUGCAGCCUCCCCUCGCGCCUCCCCCCCGCCUCUGCCCGCCAAAGCUUCCCGUCAGCUGCAGGUUUACCGCUCCAAGAUGGAUGGUGAGGCCACCAGCCCCCUGCCCCGGACCCGCAGUGGGCCCCUCCCCUCUUCCUCUGGCUCUUCCUCCUCUUCCUCCCAGCUCAGCGUGGCUACCUUGGGCCGUAGCCCCUCCCCAAAGAGUACGCUACUCGCCCAGAAUGGCACAAGCAGCCUUCCUCGCAACCUGGCAGCCACGCUGCAGGACAUCGAGACCAAGCGCCAGCUGGCCCUGCAGCAGAAGGUCGAGUCGCUUCCUGCCGAGCCCCUCCCAACUGACGACCCAGCAGGGCAGCAGGUGAUUGAGGAGCAGCGGCGGCGGCUGGCCGAGCUGAAGCAGAAGGCGGCGGCUGAGGCGCAGUGCCAGUGGGACGCCCUGCACGGCGCGGGGCCCUUCCCGGCCGGGCCCUCGGGCUUCCCCCCGCUCAUGCAUCACUCCAUCCUGCACCACCUGCCGGCCUCACGGGAGCGCGGUGAGGAGGGCGAGCACGCCUACGACACGCUGAGCCUGGAGAGCUCGGACAGCAUGGACACCAGCAUCUCCACGGGGGGCAACUCGGCCUGCUCCCCCGACAACAUGUCCAGUGCGAGCGGCCUGGGCCUGGACGUGGGGAAGAUUGAAGAAAUGGAGAAGAUGCUGAAAGAAGCCCAUGCGGAGAAGAGCCGCCUCAUGGAGUCGAGGGAACGGGAGAUGGAGCUGAGGCGGCAGGCCCUGGAGGAGGAGCGGAGGCGGCGGGAGCAGGUGGAACGGAGGCUGCAGAGCGAGAGCGCCCGGAGGCAGCAGCUGGUGGAGAAGGAGGUCAAGAUGCGGGAGAAACAGUUCUCGCAGGCACGACCGCUGACCCGCUACCUGCCCAUCCGGAAGGAGGACUUUGACCUGAAGACCCACAUCGAGUCGUCGGGCCAUGGUGUGGAUACCUGCCUGCAUGUGGUGCUCAGCAGCAAGGUCUGCCGUGGCUACUUGGUCAAGAUGGGUGGCAAGAUUAAAUCGUGGAAGAAGCGCUGGUUUGUCUUCGAUCGGCUCAAGCGCACCCUUUCCUAUUAUGUGGACAAACAUGAGACGAAGCUCAAGGGGGUCAUCUAUUUCCAGGCCAUCGAGGAAGUGUACUAUGACCACCUGCGCAGUGCGGCCAAGAGCCCGAACCCAGCCCUCACCUUCUGUGUGAAGACCCACGACCGGCUGUACUACAUGGUGGCGCCGUCUGCAGAGGCCAUGCGCAUCUGGAUGGAUGUCAUUGUCACCGGGGCAGAGGGCUACACUCAGUUCAUGAACUGACCCUCAGGCUGGCCCAGGACCCAUGCCCAGCGGCCUGCUCCUCCUCUCACCCCUGGAGACAGGGUCGUGCCCCGGGCCUCAGGCCUCGCAGAAGUGCUCCCAGAGACCUGGAGGGCGGAGCGUUACUGGGGCUUUUGUACAAGAAGAGACUUUGUAGUAUUCUGUAAGGAGCUUGUCCUGUGAGUGUCUGAGCUCUGGCCCCCUCAAGAACCAGCCAGGAGAUAAAAGUUGUGGAGGGGGCUUUGCUGCCUCCUGGGAGCCCAGAACUUGCAAUAACCCUUCAGGGUCCUGCUGCAGGCCCCGCCAGGCUGAGGAGCUGUCACAGAGGGCUCCUCUGCUCUGACCUGGCACCUGCGCUCCCCAGCCUGUGUUCUCUUUUGUAAAGGACAAUUAUGGUACCAGAAUCUGCCAAAGAUCCCCUCUCGCCUCAGCCCUGUUUGCAGGGGCCUUGGGGGCUGAGCAGAGCCGCAUCCAGAGUGGGGUAACAGCUCAGGCGGUGUCCUUCUCAAACCCCGCUCUACCCCAUUGUUGUCCUGUGUUUAUAUUUUUUAUUACUUUGCUCAAAGGCCAGAGACUGGAAGUGUCCCUCUUGAGGUCCCAGUCCUAUCCUCUUUUUGCAGACCCAUCACCAGGGUCACCAUAGUGACUGCUUCAUCACCACGGCCACACACUAAUGGCCGUGGCUCGGUAGCUCAGCCCACUGCUUCAGCUGUGGGCCCGUCUGAGGGUACGUGCCAUCAUCUCUCCAGCCCAGGCCCUUGGGCAUCUCCUGCCGGGGGAAGGGACUGAACACAUUCUCCCUGCCCCUGCCUGCGUCUCCAGGCCCUGACACACAGCCUGCUGGCUCCCCCGUCCAGCCCUCCCCCUUCCACUCGUGCCUUGCUUAGAGCCAGAAGGGGCAAAGCUGGGAACUAGAGACCAGAGGAGGAGCCACUGGAUGAUGGGAGAAGAAGCUAGAAGGGCCGUCCUCGGGGUUCUGUUAUAGGGCUGAAUUUCUGACGGACAGAGGGUUGUUCAGAUACCCCCUGAAGGAAGUCCUGAGCAGGAGAGGAAGCAGCAGAGGUGGGGCCCUGAGGUCCGGUUGCCCUCCUGCAGCCUCAGAAGGGGAAUGAAAUGGAGAGCAGAGGACCAGGCCUCCAGCUGUCCUGGGCUCAGCCCUUUGCGCCUUAACACUAAGCUCACCUCCUUAUCCCCCUUCCCAGCCCUGGGCCAUGGUUGCUCGGCCCCGGCUGGAUGUUUUUCAGUAUUUGUAAGCAUCUCAGCAGAACAAUAAAGCAUUUGGAGUAUG